AUGGUUCGCAGUUCUAAUCUUGUCGCCGCUGCUACGUUCCUGGCCGGCGUGUGCCAGGCCCAGGCCACCGGGUUCAAAAGCUGUGAUGCGCUCAUUGAUGCCGGACUUGGUGAAAGCCUCCUGCUGCCAGCAAGCGAGGAUGACACGUACACUCGGGCUCUGGGAACGUAUUACUCGGCCACUGUGGCGGAGAUGAGGCCAUUCUGCAUCCUUCAGCCCAAGACUGUAGCUGAUGUGUCCACCGCGGUCAAGGCUUUAGCUCCUCUGAGCGGUGCCGGAUCCUGGAACAUCGCCGUCCGCGGCGGUGGUCACGGUCACUGGGGAGGCAAUAACGUCCACAAUGGCGUGACGAUCGACCUUUCUCUUUUCAACAAGACGUCUGUACACAAUUCGACGUGUGGCAAAAUCGCAUCGAUUGGUGCUGGCUCACGAUGGGCGAGCGUCCUCGCAGAAACCGAAAAGCAUGGACUUGGUGUCACAGGCGGUCGCAUCGGAAAUGUUGGUGUCGCAGGUCUCACCCUCGGAGGAGGCACCUCAUUCCUCAUUGCCGAGCGAGGCUUUGCCUGCGAUGACGUUGUGAACUACGAGGUCGUCCUCGCCGACGGUAGUACAGUCAACGCCAACAAGCACGACAACCCUCGGCUCUUCAAGGCCCUCAAAGGCGGCGGUAGCAACUUUGGUAUUGUAACCCGCUUCGACAUGGCUACUUUCCCCAAGAAGACCCUGUACGGCGGUAUCAUGUUCGUCGACUGGAAGCACAAGGACGAGCUUGUGGAUUCAAUGAUCGAGGUCAUCUCCGACAGCGAGGAGAAGCCCGGAGACAGCAUGAUUGUCAUGUAUACCUACAAUGCAGGUGCUGCAGCUCCAAUGAUGGGCACCAUCCCCAUGAGUGCCACGGGCGAUGAGGACGCUCGACCUUUCCGCGGGAUGGACCAGAUGACGGCUGUCAUGGAUAUGCGCACGAGGUGGACCUACGGCGAACUCCUUGCAGUCAUGCAAGAUAACGGUGGCAAGAGGAACUCCUGGUACACGCUCUGCUUUCACAACGACAAGCGCAUCAUGAACAAAGCCGAGGAACUGUUUCACACCCUCGUCGCAGACGCCGAAAAGGCCUUCCCAAACGCCUCCUGGUCGCUCAACUUCGUCUUCCAGCCCUUGCCCAAGGUUGUUGCCAAGUUCUCCGGCGGAAAUGCUCUCGGACUACAAGACAGUCUGACGCACGAUGGCAUUCUUUUCGCGGGUGAGGCAACACUCAAUACACGCGCCGAGGAGGCCUAUUUCAGCUCCCGCCUGGCAACCAUCACCCACCAGCUCGAGGCAUACGCUAAGUCAGUUGACGGCAACAUCCCCUUCCGCUACCUGCCCUAUGCCGCUCCCGAGCAGGAUCCCCUCAGCACGUACGGCGCUGAGAACAUUGCUCUGAUGAAAGACGUUGCCCUUGAGUACGACCCUACAGGAUUCUUCCAGACCAGGGUCAAUGGAGGUUUCAAGCUCGACAACGUCGCGUAA